AUGUCCGACACGAACGAUGAGGAGAAGAAGGUGCCAAGACUGCCUGCAGACCAGGACCAGGAAGAUGCCGAUGCUGGACAGGGCGAACUGAUUAAUGUUUCUGGUCACGUUCAGGAACUGGACCGCCAUUUCGAUUUCCUUUCUAUUGCCUCUCUGGCAAUUUGCAGCGAUAAUGCAUGGGGCGCUGGAGGUGCAUCCAUUGUCGUUUCGCUCUACAAUGGAGGCGGUCCUGGCGUGCUCUACGGUCUCUUGGUCUCGAUAUUCUUCUACUCCACUAUCGCUGCAUCGUUAGCCGAGCUUGCGUCUGCGCUGCCAUCCUCCGCAAAUGUGUAUCACUGGUCUUCUGUCACUGCUGGAAAAUAUGGCAAGCUUGUGAGCUUCUAUGCUGGAUGGUGGAACUGCCUGGCAUGGGUGUUCGGCGCCGCAGUCUGCAGCCUUGCUAGUGCCGAAGCUCUGAUUGCAAUGUACAGUGUAUAUCACCCGGACUACAUCCCGCAGAGAUGGCAGAUUUUUGUUGCUUUCGUCUGUGUCACAUGGCUGGAUCUAUCCUUCAUCUUGUUUGGCCAACGGAUCUUAGCCAGGAUCGCGACUGGCAUGGGUGCAACUCUACUAUUGCUCUUCCUCAUCGUGACCCUGAUGUGUGCAAUCUAUCCAAGCACGACCGGCGCCGGCUAUGCCAGCAAUGCUGCAGUGUGGUCGGACUUCCAGAACCUCACAGGCUGGAGCAACAACGGCUUCGUCUUCAUAAUGGGUAUACUGAAUGGUGCCUAUGCUAUUGGUACGCCCGAUGGUGUCUGUCAUAUGUGUGAGGAAAUCCCGAACCCUCGGAAGAACAUCCCAAAGGGCAUACUGGUGCAGAUGACGACAGGCUCUGCUACCGCAUUCUUUUUCUAUGUUGCACUUCUCUACGCCGUGACAGACCUGGAAGCAGUCUUCAACACAUCCAUCACAGCACUACCGCUCGCCGCGAUGUUUCAGCAAGUCACGCGGAGCAAUGCUGGCACAGUCGGCCUGCUAGCUCUCUUCCUGCUAGAUCAGAUUAUCAAUAUUCCUGCUGCCCAGAUGACAGCAGGUCGAAUGCUCUGGACGCUUGCCCGAGAUGAUGCGACGCCGUUCAGUGGCUGGGUACGACAUGUCUCACCCAAAUGGCGCAAUCCGUUCAAUGCGCAGCUCGUGUGCGGCGUAGGCGUGACCAUACUCGGCGCGAUAUAUGUGGCCAAUGCGACGGCAUUCGCCGCCUUCGUGGGUUCCUUCACCAUCUUCACGACAUGGUCCUACUGUGCAGCCAUUCUUCCACAUAUCCUGUCUGGACGCAGGUACCUCAAGCCAGGACCGUUUUGGAUGCCGCCAGCUGUCGCCUAUACCGUGAGUGGGAUCGCAUGCGCCUACAUCCUCGUCUUCAAUAUCAUCUUCAUGUUUCCAUACGUUUACCCGGUAGACAAGGCGACCAUGAACUAUGCUUGUGUAAUGACAGGGGGCUGUACGAUCUUGCUUACUUUAUGGUAUCUUUGGAAGAGGUCACAUGGCUACGAGGGUCCACGGGUAGCCCUGAAUGGUCACGACGACAUCCUGACUGGUGUUGUUGGUCUGAGUGCGAAGGAUGAAGCUCGAUUAAGAAGUCGAAGCGGCGUUGUAGGUUCCCAGGGAUGCCAUUGA